AUGCUCUUCUUCUCCUUUUUCAAGACUUUGGUCGACCAAGAAGUUACUGUGGAGCUGAAAAAUGAUAUAGAACUUAAGGGAACGCUGAAGUCCGUGGACCAAUUCUUGAACUUGAAGCUGGACAAUAUAUCCUGUUCCGACGAAAGCAAAUACCCACAUCUGUUGUCGGUAAGAAACAUUUUCAUCAGAGGAUCCACCGUGAGAUACGUGUAUCUGGAUAAGAACAUGGUGGACACGAACUUGCUGCAGGACGCAGCAAGAAGGGAGGCCAUGAGCUCGAGAAAGUAA